AUGGCGGCCAUUUUGUAUAAUUUGCUUUCGUCUUUGGGCUUGGUGUCGCUCGGUCUCUACCAUCUUGUCUCCGCCGCCCUAUCUCACCUCAAAUCUCCUCAUUCCUACUCUGCCAAACCCCUCCAUCCCUUCCCUCCAUCUUCCUCUUCCUCUCCCCACCACCACCGCCUCCGUCAUCUCCCUCUCUACGUCAUCAUCCUCGCUCUCGUCGUCGCCUUCAUUCAUCAACUAUUCAUUUCCGCUGAAACUGACCCUCUCGUCAAAGGUCACACGCCUGUUCACCGCUUCAUCUCUCUCCAAUUCGCCGCCGUUAUUUUCCUCUUUAUCAUCCUUGCUUUCUGUCUUCUCCUUUCCGAAUCCUCCUUCCUCCCCUUCUCCAACGAUUUCAUUUUCGCUCUCGCUUCUGUUCUUUUCUUCUUGCAAUACUCCGUUGCUACUGCCACCGCCUCCGUCCAGGUUUCCGAUCUCGAGGCCAAAUGCGACUCCGUUUCUGCCAGGAUUUCCGCGUUCGCUGCGCUAACGUGUCUCGUUCUCGCUUUUCAGCCCAAGCUCUUCGCCGCGGAUGUGGGUUUGGGAGCUGCUAUCUUCUUGCAGGGCCUCUGGGUUUUUCAGACCGGGUUGACUCUUUAUGUUGAUGCUUUUAUCCCUGACGGUUGUCAUCGUUUGCUUGAUGUGGUUGAUGGAGUUGAGGGGUCGACCAAGUGCGAACUCGAGGAAUCCAAGUUGAGAGCUACGGCUAUUCUGGAUCUUAUUUUUUUGGUCCACGUGAUGCUUGUGGUGUUCAUUGUCAUGAUCAUACAUGCAGGCAUUUCGAAAUGUGUGGGCAUCAGGAGAUUUGGGUCUUACGAUAGCUUGCCUAACCCUUCAUCUCAUUCAGAAAAUAGUAGUAUUAUCCAGAUGAAAGCAUUAACUGGCACGCAGGCUUGA